AGGAGAUGUCAGCUGUGCCUGGAAUAUCCCUCAGGAGCCGCUCAAUCCGCACCGCCUGAUGCUGCGUCUGACUGAGGAGCUCGUUCAUUGCCCGGCCUGCUUCAUUCCACAUCACCGUCCGACACAUCCACUCAGAUAACUACCCAAUGUGAUGACAGAUCCACCAAACUAGAAAACUAUCCUUUUGACCCAAAGAGGAGCGACAUUUUGCAGCCUGAAGAUGGCAAAUCGACUUCCUUCCGCUGCAUCUCUUGUUCGAUUUUGUCAGAAGCUGAACAGAGUGAAGACGCUGGACGAUGACUUGAUGGAAACUUCCUUGAAAAGAUGCCUUUCUACAGUCGACCUUACACUUUUAGGUGUGGGUGGAAUGGUUGGUUCUGGUUUAUAUGUACUGACUGGUACAGUUGCCAAAGAGAUAGCUGGUCCAGCUGUCAUUAUAUCCUUCCUUAUUGCUGGGUUUGCGUCAUUGCUAGCUGCUCUUUGCUACGCCGAAUUUGGUGCCCGUGUGCCAAAAACAGGGUCAGCUUAUAUGUUUACAUAUGUUUCAGUUGGUGAAAUCUGGGCCUUUUUAAUUGGCUGGAAUGUCAUCCUGGAGUAUAUGAUCGGCGGUGCUGCAGUGGCACGAGCCUGGAGUGGAUACCUGGACUCCAUGUUUGACCACAAAAUUAAGAACUUUACAGAAACUCAUGUUGGCAGUUGGAAUGUCCAGUUUCUAGCUCACUAUCCUGACUUCUUAGCUGCUGGGAUUUUGCUGAUUGCCACAGUAUUUAUUUCUUUUGGCGUCAGAGUAUCCUCGUGGCUUAACCACAUUUUUGCCGCCAUAAGUAUGGUGAUUAUCUUAUUUAUUCUGAUAUUUGGAUUCAUUCUCGCUGAACCCAAGAACUGGGGUCCUGAAUUUGGGGGAUUUGCCCCUUUUGGCUUUUCUGGCAUUAUGUCAGGCACUGCUACAUGCUUUUAUGCUUUUGUUGGAUUUGAUGUCAUAGCAGCAUCCAGCGAAGAAGCCAAAAAUCCACAAAAAUCAAUUCCUAUUGCAACAGCAGUCUCAUUAGGACUUGCUACAUCAGCCUACUUUUUGGUGUCCACAGUACUAACUUUAAUGGUACCUUGGAAUACACUUGUACCGGACUCAGCUCUUUCUGAUGCAUUUUAUAGACGGGGCUAUUCAUGGGCAGGAUUUAUUGUGGCCGCUGGUUCCAUUUGUGCAAUGAACACUGUCCUCUUGAGUAACCUCUUCUCCCUUCCACGGAUAGUAUAUGCAAUGGCGGAAGAUGGCUUAUUCUUUCAGUUUUUUUCCAAAGUCAAUCCAACCACCAAAGUGCCUUUGAUUGGCAUUAUUGUAUUUGGUAUAUUGAUGGCUUUAUUAGCCCUAAUCUUUGACUUGGAAGCUCUGGUGCAAUUUCUAUCAAUUGGCACACUUUUGGCCUACACCUUUGUUGCAGCAAGCAUAAUUGUCCUGAGAUUCCAGCAAGACAAGAUAGAAUUUUCCCAACCAACGGUGCACGAGGCAAGUCCCAUUUGCCACAUUGGUGCUCCUAUUAAAAGUGAAAAUCUGGUUGGAGAAGAAAUGAAGGAAUAUGAAUCCUUCUCGGACAAGCUUCAGCUGGUGGAAAUUGACAAAAAAGACAAUCAGCGCAGAGAAACAGGAAGACUGAAAGCUGCUUUUGAGCCAUACCUACGCUUCUUAAAUGACUUUUACCCCGGAGAGGUUGUCACUAUUGCUGUUGUUACACUGAUGGUCUCCUGCAUAUGCUUUUGCUCUGUUCUGGUAUUUGGGAGUGAUCGGCUGCGCCUUCCUACAUGGGCUUUUUAUUUGCUGCUUGUGAUUUUUAUGAUUGGCUUUUUAAUCAGCCUGUGUUUAAUAUGGGUGCACGAACAGCAGAGGAAAACCUCAACAUUCCAGGUUCCACUGGUUCCUCUUAUUCCAGCUUUGAGUAUCCUGUUAAACAUUUAUCUCAUGCUGAAACUGAACUACAUGACAUGGAUACGGUUCUCCGUCUGGCUUGCACUGGGUCUCCUGGUUUAUUUUGGCUAUGGCAUAUGGCACAGUAAGGAGAACUUACGGGAACCCAAGGACCACGGCGUCACAGCCCGUUACGUAGUCUUUCCCAGUAGCAGCCUGGAAGAAACUGUGCAACAAGUGCAACCUAACUCCCAGGAUACUAUGGGAAGGGCUGUGGUUACUGACGAGGAAUCUGAAAAGAGGUGAUGCUUGAGAAUUUUAGGAAAAUGCAGAAAGUGGGAACCUCCAGUUCUAACUGUCUCAGUUCACAAUAGUUUCUUCAGGUGAGCAGAGACAACACAACGCCACUGUAGUUUGUACAGUAUUUAUAAAUUAUUUUGUAAAAGUAAAUGUGUAGCACAUAAUACUAUAGACGAUAGAGCCUUGCUUAAUGUACAGUAGGUUUACCUAUAAUGAUGGGAAAGAGAUGUAUGAAGGAACUACUCCCAAGUCCUCUUCCCAGGUAUGUUUGAGAUACACUGGGCAUAUCACUGGGACUUUUUGUGUCGUAACCAUAACUAUAACUUGUAUUCUGUACUUCAGAUGUUGGUUGGCCCAAUUAUAAAGGCAAAAGAGAUUUAAAUAACAAAAAAGUAUUAUUGUGGAUCCGCAGUUUUUAGCAAAUGCUUCUUUCAGUACUAAGCUACUAAAAACAUUUCCUAUUAGUGGAAGGGCAUGGGGCAAAAUAUCCUGUUACACCUUACUAUUUACACUAUUUAUAAGAAUAGUCAUCAUGCUGCCAGUCCACUAUUUGUUGUUGGGAGCUGUAGUGCAACAACAGCUGGGGAUUCCAGGCUGUUAAACAGAAACGAUUCUGCAGGAAGCAAUGAUCCCUAAAUUGUACAAUUAAUCGCAUCUUUGUUGUCCAUGGUAUAUAUCAUUAUUGGUAAUAAAUAGGGCUAUUAGAAUACAUACCAAAAAUAGAGGAAAUUUCAUGCAUAAGGAUAUUUAGCAGCUGAUGUCAUAAAUUGGCCAUGAUAAUCCUUUAUGUAUUGGACAACAGGCAGAAUUCUAUAUGCCUAUAUCAUCUUGGCUUUAGCACAUUGUCCACCAAACCCAGCCAUUUGUUAUUUCCUACUUGUGCCCUGAGGUUACUAUUUUUCAGGAAGGGAUGGGUGCAUUCUACUUAUGGGUCCUAUGAACACUUGUAUUUGGUUACUGGUUGGUUACUGUGGGUUACUACACUAGUCAGGUUUGCCCUGCUUCAGUAUAUGUGUUCUUAUGUCCUAAUAUUUACAUUGGGAGUGCUAAGAAAUUAUUUUCACCCUCCCCCCCCAUCUGAACUACUGACACUUACCUAUAUUAUAACCUGUCCCAGGUUUAAGCUGCUAUUCAACACACAACUUGAUUCUUCUCUAUAGGCCCUUACAUAAAAAGAAAAACAAAAAUCCACAUACCUAUAAAAACAGUGAGGACAUAUCCUAUAGGAGUUGGGUAGUGUUUGUCCUUCUAAAUGUUGUAAAUAUUUUAUUAGUGCUAUUGUACAAAUUGCUUGCUGGCAGGCUCGUGCACUAUUCCAGUCCUGCAGCCAGUUGCUGUUUUUAGAACCCGUUUUGCCGGUGUGACAAGCUCUCUGCAAUAGAAUCAUUUGUUUUUCCAUUAGCGUUUAGGAGUUGGACGUGGGACAAUUUAUAAUGCAUUUCAAUGGGUGUUUUUCCUUGCUUUUAUAACAAAACGCUGUCCCAAAAAAGGCUGUUUGUCCUCUGUGAAUGCUAUUAUUAGUGAAAUUAAGAAGUUCAAACACUAAACAGACGCAUAGUUUCUGCUUGUAAAUAGUCAAUUCCAAUGAGUCUGCACCUCAUACAGUCUUUCACUUGCCCCCCAUAGUGUAACAUUAAUGAUGCUUAACCCUGGUCAUUAACACAUUAAAUAUUGUGUUUAAAAGUAAAACUGCCUCCUAUGCUUAUGCCCUUUCAGUACUUGAAGAAUAAGUUGCUUUAAAGGAGAAGGAAAGCUAGGGAGGCAUUUUAUUGCCAAUAGAUUAGCUGCAAUAGUGCAAGCUAGAAUGCUGUAUUUAUUCUGUAGAAUGUUUUACCAUACCUGAGUAAAAAGCUCUAGAAGCUCUCUGUUUGUUUAGGAUAGCAGCUGCCAUUAGUUUGGUGUGAUGUCACUUCCUGCCUGAGUCUCUCCCUGCUCACUUAUAUCUCUGGGCUCAGAUUACAGCAGAGAAGGGAGGGGGGAAAGAGGAGCAAACUGAGCAUGCUCAGGCCCGGGCAAGGAAGUUUAAGCAGGCAGGAAGUUAGGGUUUAGGCAGGAAGUCUGAUACAGAAGCCCAUGUGUGCACAAUAGAAGGAAAGAAAUGCUGUGUUUCUUUUGACAGAGGACUGAGAGCAGCAUUGCGUUGAGGGUUUACUGGUAUAUUUAGGUGGACCUUUCUUAUAAGGCUUACUUAGUUUUAACUUUUCCUUCUCCUUUAAUACAUUUCCCUCAUUCUACAUUUUUUCUUCCUGGUCCCCUGAAAAACCUAAAAUGGGGGUUGUACUGUAUAUUCAUAGUGCUACCAAUCCUUGGUGCAAUUUCAAGUCCAAUGUUAUCUGUAGAUUCAUGUGAUUAAAAUAUAAUCUAUUAAUAAAGAAAGCUUCUUCCUCUA